GUGUGGAGGCACUGGCUCUCUUCUCAAUGGGAAGAAAUGCUGCCGUUAGGUUCCUACUGCUUUUUUUGUAUGUGGGAUUUGCAGCGUCUGUGGAGCAAAUUAUUGCGACAGUGGAUGGCAGGUCGAGGUUAUGACGGUAGUGUGAAGCCAAAACUGAAUGUAAAUCAAGCAGCAAUUACACAGGUUGUCAGCUACAACUUGAGCAGGAAAGGACAGUGGGAAAGAGCAUCCUGGAGGCCAUUCAGCCACAGCCCUCUCAACGUCACGGUUAAUGGUGUCCCCUGCAUUCUCUUCUGGGCCAAGAGGAUCAUGAUUAAGUUUGAAAACCACACACAGCUGGAUUUGACGGAGAAGACAUUUGGUGCCCAUGCAACAGUGGAUGUUGGAGAUUCAAACUGCAGUGAGGACAAUGCAAUGCUUUCUCUGAAGUUUGGUGACAUUGGCAAUCUAAAGGGUCUUGUUAUUAGAUUCUUACUAACAACCAGCUAUUACCAGCUGUCUGUUCAGAGCUGGUUCAGUUUACACAGACUGCAACUUCUUUACAACCACUCCAUACAAGCAACAUUUAAUGCAACCAGAAUAUAUGCACCGGCCAGUUACUCCUACCACUGUGAACAUGUGAGCAGCUUGCAGAGAUAUGAUGCACUCCUCAUACCCAGCUCUACAAAUGAUCUUUCAAAGCUUUGGGAAGUUACUUUUAUUGAUUUCCAGAUUCAAGGUUUUAACAUUCGAGAAGGACAUUUUGCCUAUGCAAAAGACUGUGCAUCCUUUUUCUCUCCAGCAAUACUUAUGGGAUUGGUUAUGUCACUGAUUCUGCUGCUGGUUCUUGUCUAUGCUCUUCAUAUGUUGAUCCACCUGAAAUCUCUUGACAGGCACUAUGAAUGCAAAGCUUCUUCUGCCUAUUUUGCACAGAUGAAAGACAAUGACAUGGGAGAUGAGAAAGAACCACUGAGAAGCAGUGGAAAUGAAUCCUAUGAACUUAGAAACCAACAGUUCUUUAAAAUCUAUAUUUAGCAGUAUGCAUCUGUCUCAGUGAAACAAGUGGUAUUUCCUUCUGCUGGCACUGUUGUGUGUAGUUUGUGGAGAUUUUUCACCAGAUGAUGAAAGGAAAAGUAGGUAACAGACUGUUUAGCCAGUUACUGUCUGUUAUUUAUUGAUAACCAUCUCCAAGAUGCCAUGGGAAACAAGAUGAGAGAAAAGAAUUUCCAUUGUGAGUAAGAGAUUUCAUAUUGUGGAAGUUUAUUCCUGUAGUACAAAACCAAAAUGCGUAUCUUUUCAUCCAGCUUACCAAGUCUUGAAGAGAGAAUCAGUAACAAAGACUUUGAAAUUAAAUAAAGAUACAAAAA